AUUGCUUGGCCAAGGACCACAAGAAUGGUCUAAACGCACCAGAGAAUGGAAGCUCCAGCUCUACCGCCAAAUUGCCAGUGCCACCAAUGCCACCGUCCUGGUCAGAUGCACCCCAUGGCAUCGCUAACCAGUUGUUGUACUCCCCUGUUCCUCUAUUUUGUAGUUCCUGGUUCCCUUGGCUCCAGUUCCUUGAUGCAUUUGCCUUGGUUAAAUUCCAAGCUGCUCAGAGUGAAGAAAAGGCACCACUUCGCCGAUAACACCUUCCUCACAUACUUCCGAGUCCCGUGCCUGAGCCCGCCCUAUCUGGCCAAUAGCAUGCCUCAUGCUCUCUGUCGCCUUCUCCUGCUCACCAGCAGCCAUCGCUAUCUCGGGUAAGCCGCGGUUACGUAAGCGGCCUCCACCAAACCCUGAACUACUCAGGCUAGUGAAUAUUUCACUCACGUUUAUCCGCCACUGAUCCAGCUGCUGUUCGUCCGGUGCAUACUUA